AUGCGGACAAAAGAAUCACACAGGUGCGCGGCCCCUCACCUCGCCUCGCCUGGGGGCUCCCAGGUGCUCACCCCACGCCUCGCCAGGCCGCGCUCAUCAGCGCUGACGCCCACCACCUGCAGCUGGUCUCGUCCCACCCUUAAUCUGGCCCUCAAAACUCUAAAGAAAAAGCGCACCAGCCUGCAAAGAAAAACCAAAAGCCCCCCACCAAAAACAGACACAGGCGGCGGGGCCUGGAGAGAGGGGGAUGAGAUGUCUGAAAAAGUAGAACACCCCGAAAGAAUUUCAUCCCAGGUUCCCAUCGCCCGGCUUCUCCGGACCUGGUUUUUCUCCUUCCGGAGCGCUCAGCAGAGCACGCGCUGGGUCACGGCGGGCAGUCACCCGCGCAACCUGGAAUCCCUCUCCCGAAAAACCAAGCUGGAAGGUCUACGUGAUCUCGCCCCGGCCAGCGGCGGCUGGAGGGAAGACCUUUUGGAAUGGAGACCGGGAGGCCCUGCAGUCAGCUGCUUGGCAAAUAAUCUCCCGAAGGCUAUUGCAGCAGCUCACACCUUCCUACUGAAGCAUCCUGAUGAUGAAAUGAUGAAGAGGAACAUGGAGUAUUAUAAGAGCUUGCCUGGGGCCGAGGACUACAUUAAAGACUUGGAAACCAAGUCAUAUGAGAGCCUGUUCAUCCGAGGAGUGCGGGCCUACAAUGGUGAGAACUGGAGAACUGCCAUCACGGACAUGGAGCUGGCCCUCCCCGACUUCUUCAAGACCUUUUACGAGUGCCUCUCGGCCUGCGAGGGAUCCAGGGAGAUCAAGGACUUCAAGGAUUUCUACCUUUCCAUAGCAGAUCAUUAUAUAGAAGUCUUGGAGUGCAAAAUACAGUGUGAAGAGGACCUCACCCCGGUUAUAGGAGGCUACCCUGUGGAGAAAUUUGUGGCUACCAUGUAUCAUUAUUUGCAAUUUGCAUAUUAUAAGUUGAGUGACCUGAAGAAUGCAGCCCCCUGUGCAGUCAGCUACCUGCUCUUUGACCAGAAUGACAAGGUCAUGAAGCAGAACCUUGUGUACUACCAGUACCACAGGGACAAGUGGGGCCUCUCAGACGAACAUUUCCAGCCCAGACCAGAAGCAGUUCAGUUCUUUAACGUGACUACACUCCAGAAAGAGCUAUAUGACUUUGCUAAGGAAAAUAUAAUGGAUGAUGAUGAGGGAGAGGUCGUGGAAUUCGUGGAUGACCUCUUGGAGUUGGAGGAGACGGGCUAGUCCACAGCAACCAGCAAGACUUCACCGUGACGUUCAGGAAACAGAUUCUUUGCCCUCCUUUUCCCAAUAUCCCAGGUUGUCGAUACCUCAGAGCCUUCCCUUUGCUCUGUGAAGCGAAAGGGAAGCCCCAUCCCCCCUGACUACGUGUGACAAGGGUGAGCCUGCCUACCCUGUGUUCACGCCUCUCUCCCCACUGUUCACCGUCUUCCACCUCACACCUGUUUUCCCAAUAUCCAUGCCUGUCUUUCUGUGCUCCCCCUGGCUUCCCCGAUUUGACAUCUGUCUCCCUCGUGUUCACACCUGCUGUCCCCAUGUUCAUCCUUGUCUUCCUCACGUUCCCAUCCAUCUCCCCCGUUGCACACGUGCCUUUCUCCCAUUUGGGCUGGGGGAACAGUAUUCCAUGGUUUGUUGUUUUUUUUUUUUCCUCCAGAAAAGCAGUAUUAUUUUUUAAAUAAGA